UGCUCGGAAGUCUACGAAGACGCUUCCGGGUCACGCCGCGCCGCGUCCAGGAGUCAUGUGAUGCCAAGAUGGCGGCGCCGCAGUAGCUGGAUCCGGGUUGUGGCGUCCUAUAAGCCGCGACGGUUUCUGCCCUCGGGCAGUGGGGGUCGGCAGCGCUUGGCUGACCCCUGCGGCGGCCCGCAGCAUCGCUUUAAGCCUGGUUCAAAGACCGGGUUGUUGCUGUCGCUGUGGGUUCCAGGGAGUGCAGGUGACCUCGCUGCAGGUUUCUUGUGCUGGCUGCGCUCGCCGGAGGAAGAGAAGGGCAGUUGGGUCUGCAGCCUUGGCGUUCAUGAGGCCUCCGAGAGCUCCGGAGGAGCUACAACUGAGGGGGCGGCUAGAGUUCGUCUUCGGGUGUGUGAGAAGCAGCCUAGGACCCUGGGUUGGGGGAGUCGCAAAGAAGGCCGCAAGGGCUUCACUUCCUUCUCCAGAGGCCCGCCGUCUGCGCGUCUAUUAACAUCGCAUUCUUUCCCACUUCCUCUCAAUGUUUUCUUCAUAUAUCUGGAAAUAUGAUCAGCGCCCCUGACGUAGUGGCCUUCACCAAAGAGGAAGAAUAUGAGGAAGAGCCUUACAAUGAGCCGACCCUGCCUGAGGAGUACUCUGUGCCGCUCUUCCCCUUCGCCAGCCAGGGUGCUAACCCCUGGUCAAAACUAUCCGGGGCCAAGUUCUCGAGGGACUUCAUUCUUAUUUCCGAGUUCUCUGAGCAGGUGGGACCCCAACCCUUACUGACCAUCCCCAAUGACACCAAAGUUUUUGGCACUUUUGAUCUCAAUUACUUCUCUCUGCGUAUCAUGUCUGUGGAUUACCAGGCUUCCUUUGUGGGCCAUCCUCCUGGAUCUGCCUACCCCAAGCUGAACUUCGUGGAGGACUCCAAGGUGGUGCUAGGAGACUCCAAGGAGGGAGCCUUUGCAUAUGUGCACCACCUUACCCUAUAUGACCUGGAGGCCCGUGGCUUUGUGAGGCCCUUUUGCAUGGCUUAUAUCUCUGCAGACCAGCAUAAAAUCAUGCAGCAGUUCCAGGAGCUUUCCGCCGAAUUUUCCAGAGCUUCUGAGUGCUUGAAGACUGGGAACAGGAAGGCAUUUGCUGGGGAACUUGAAAAAAAGCUGAAAGACUUGGAUUACACCAGGACAGUGCUGCACACAGAGACGGAGAUCCAGAAGAAAGCCAAUGACAAAGGCUUUUACUCAUCUCAGGCAAUUGAGAAAGCCAAUGAACUGGCCAGUGUGGAGAAGUCCAUCAUUGAACAUCAGGACCUGCUGAAGCAGAUCCGCUCAUACCCUCAUCGGAAGUUGAAGGGGUCUGAUUUGUGUCCUGGUGAGAUGGAGCACACCCAGGAUCAGGCCAACCAGGCAUCCACUACCUCUAACCCUGAUGAGUCUGCUGAUACAGACCUUUACACCUGCAGACCAGCCUACACCCCAAAACUUAUCAAAGCAAAGUCCAAGUGUUUUGACAAGAAGUUGAAGACCUUGGAGGAGCUCUGUGACACUGAAUAUUUCACCCAGACCCUGGCUCAGCUCAGCCACAUUGAGCACAUGUUCAGAGGAGACCUGUGUUACCUCCUGACCAGUCAGAUUGAUAGGGCACUUCUAAAACAACAGCACAUAACAAACUUUCUCUUUGAAGACUUUGUGGAGGUUGAUGACAGGAUGGUGGAGAAACAAGAGAGCCUACUCUCUAAGCCCAGUCAAGACAGGCCGCCUUCCAGGUCUCUAGAAGAAUGCCCAAUUCCUAAAGUGUUAAUUAGUGUUGGUUCUUACAAGUCCAGUGUGGAGUCUGUGCUGAUCAAGAUGGAGCAGGAACUUGGAGAUGAGGAAUACAAGGAAGUGGAGGUGACGGAGUUGAGCAGUUUUGAGCCCCAGGACUACCUGGAUAUGGAUAUGAAAGGGAGUAUCAGUAGUGGUGAAAGCAUUGAAGUCCUGGGCACAGAGAAAUCCACCUCUGUGCUUUCUAAGUCUGACAGCCAGGCCAGCCUCACAGUACCAUUGAGCCCCCAGGUGGUUCGGAGCAAAGCAGUCAGCCACAGGACCAUCAGCGAGGACAGUAUUGAAGUCCUCAGUACCUGCCCCUCUGAGGCCCUCAUCCCUGAUGACUUUAAGUCCAGCUACCCAAGUGCCAUUAAUGAAGAAGAAUCAUAUGCAGAAGACAAUGAGGGAGCCAUCCACUUUGAGGCAAGCAUGAGCCCUCCGGAGCUGGGUGAGACAGAGGAGGGCAGCGUGGAAAACACUGUAUCACAAAUAGACUCCUCCUGCUGUAUUGGGAAGGAGAGUGACAGUCAGCUGGUGCUGCCCUCCACUCCAGCCCAUACACACUCUGACGAGGAUGGAGUGGUGAGCAUCCCCCCACAGCGCCAUAGGCAGAAGGACCAGGAGUUCCAUGUUGAUUUUUCAGUGGAAAAUGCCAACCUUUCUUCCCAAGACAAUAGUUAUGAAGGGUUUCCUGCUUAUGAGCUGGACCCGAGCCAUCUGCUGGCUAGCCGGGACAUCAGUAAGACCAGCUUGGACAACUACUCAGACACCACCAGCUAUGUGAGCAGUGUCGCCUCCACCAGCUCGGACAGGAUCCCCUCUGCUCAUCCUGCCGGCCUGUCUUCCGAUAAGCAUAAAAAGAGGGCUGGCCAGAACGCCUUAAAAUUCAUCCGCCAGUACCCCUUUGCCCACCCAGCCAUCUACUCCCUGCUCAGCGGGAGGACACUCGUGGUCCUGGGGGAAGAUGAGGCCAUAGUCAGGAAGCUGGUGACUGCACUGGCCAUCUUUGUCCCCAGCUAUGGCUGCUACGCUAAGCCGGUGAAACACUGGGCCUCCUCCCCUUUGCACAUUAUGGAUUUUCAGAAGUGGAAACUUAUUGGUUUGCAGAGAGUGGCCUCACCUGCUGGUGCCGGUACCCUCCAUGCCCUGAGCCGCUACAGCCGCUACACGAGCAUCCUGGACCUUGACAACAAAACCCUGCGCUGCCCCCUCUACAGAGGUACCCUGGUGCCCCGCCUGGCAGACCACCGCACACAGAUCAAACGAGGCAGCACCUACUACCUGCAUGUCCAGAGCAUGCUCACCCAGCUCUGCUCCAAGGCUUUCCUCUACACCUUCUGCCACCACCUGCACUUGCCUACCCAUGACAAGGAGACAGAGGAGCUGGUAGCCAGCCGCCAGGCGAGCUUCCUAAAGCUGACCCUGGGUCUGGUGAAUGAGGAUGUCAGGGUGGUCCAGUACCUGGCUGAGCUGCUGAAGCUGCACUACAUGCAGGAAUCUCCAGGGACCAACCACCCCAUGCUCAGGUUUGACUAUGUCCCCAGCUUUUUGUAUAAAAUCUGAGGUCGGUCCCAGCCAAUGUGACCAAGACCUGUGACUCAGGGUGUGUGGGGGGUGGGGGUUGGAUGACCAAACAGUUACCUGAGCUGGACUGUUUAGGUUUCUGGUGUCUGGCAGCAUGGUUCCCACAUGGUUCCUGGUAGCUUUCAAGUUGGAUGUGGGCAGAAGUGGAGCCUGGCUCGCUCUAAAGGUGUCUGGAGGGAUGGUGACAGCUACAUUCAGCUCCCUGGUGAAGAGUGGCCCCUGGAUGUGUAGGGGGCUUUGUUUUCUGAGGACUGGCAGCCAGAGCAGAAGGGAAGCCACCUUCCUUUGGUGGGGCAGGGUGAGGGCAGGAAGGCCAAAGCCUGAUGGGAGGAGCACAUGGGCCGUAUUCAGCAUCAUUGGACACUUGAGUGGCAAAACAAGCACGGGUGGCAGCCGGGUAACUAUUGUAGUUUGGUGGAAAACAGGAGGGCAGAACACCCAUCACCACAUUCAGUCCCAGGUGCAGCCCUUUAUUUGGCCUCCUGGAGCCCACUGUCCCAGGGGAGGCCCUGGAACAGCCAGUGGGAGGGAGAAAGGCUGCCACUGUCUGAGUCAUGAGAAACAUGCAACCUUCUGGGCCUCAGGGCCACAGAGCAUAAGCAGCACCCUGUCCCCUGUCCUUGCCACCUUACCAGGGAGAGAAAUGCCUAUGAGCGGGCCUUGGGACUCACUCCCCAUGCUUAGUCGCCAGGAAGGAGCAGAGCAUUCAGUAGUCCCAGUGUGAAGCGGCCCAGUGGCUCCUGCCGGCCAGAGCACGUAAGCACUGAGUAUUCUCAUCGGGAAGGUCUGCAGACCCGAGUGAACAUGGCAGAGGCCAUACUCCAGCUCUCACCCACGUAAACCUUUGUAACCACUUCACUACCUCUCACUGGGUCUCGUAGGCAUGAGACAGUACGGUUCUGUUCAGUCAGCAGGUGCAGGUGGUUGGCCUGGCCAAUGAGAACUCAGAUGGCAUGGAUUUCCUGGAUGAGCUCCCAUGUGGCACUCUUCAGGUUCUGCCUCUGGGAGACUGUGUGCACCUCAGUCACCACAGCUCAUGGCCAUCCCCAGUUGAGUCCUCCUUCUGAAGACAAUUGAGACUACAAAGGAGACACCCCCUGGUUCCUCCAGCACUGUCCAACUGAUAGUGAUCCCCUGCUGUCCUGAACCUCUUUAGGCAAUGGCCACUGGUUUGUAGACAGAGGGUUUCUUGCAGCCUUGAAAAUUUUAUUUCCUAAGUGGGGAUAGUUCUGGGUAUUACUGCUUCUUUAAUUUGUUCCACAAAAAUUGUUUUGAAAUGGACCUGAAUCAGCCCUGGGUGUGUAUCUGUGGCGCCUGUAGUACACCCUUGAGGUCAUCACAGAGCCAGCCAGCUUCUCUUCUCAUCAAGGAGGCAGAGACCCCUGGUGGAAGCCGAGAGUGACCAAAGAAGGCUUGCAUCACAUCACUCCAGUGGUUCCCUCCUAGUCCAAGUCCUUGAUGUAAGGGAUGGCCUGUUGGCUCCAGCCAUUGGCUUCUGUUCAGGGUCCUUGCUCCCAUCAGAGGUGUGUGAUUUUGUUAUUGGGGCUGCCAUGGAGAACCUUUUGUGGCAGACGGUGCUGCCUACAUCUCAUCAGUUCUCUGAACCUGUGCCCAUUGUGCAUGUUCACAGACAGGAGAGUUGCCAGCGAUGCCUUGGCAGGCUUUAAAUGUGAAACGUCUGUUACUUGCACUAGAGACAGGCUACGCAGGGAGCCUGCUUCUCAUCGUGGGCUCCCUUAUCUGUUACGGCUCCUUCCCCUCCUAUUCCAGAUGCUGAUUUGUUUUCUCACUGGCUGGCUAACUGCUGUCUACUUAUGCCUCCAAGGCCAUAACUGUGCAACAUUUUUUCUGAGCAGGAAGGUCAGUAAGUGAUCAUUGGCACCACCACUGUGGUAUUCCUAUCACACCAUCACAGAAAUUCACAGCUCAUACUCUUCUCACCUAAGAAACUUGGGAAAGGCUGAUGAGUUUGGGGCAGAUCCUGAAUUGCAGCCACAUUUGGACUUCUAGCAGCUGCAGCUUUGCACUCUAGAGGUCCUAAGUGAAGUCCACUUGGUGUAUUUGCUGGCACACACCCUCAAGGGUGGUUCAGAAGGUCCUGAGACCUAAGGCAAGAGGUUGCUGGGGUGUGAACAGAACAGACUGUCUCAGGGACAGCCACAGAAGUAGGAAGCAGGGCAAUCUCCCUCAAGGUGGUUCUUCAUUAAGUAUUAAGAUGGCUUCAUGACUAGUGUGUGAGCUCCCUGAUUUAUAUAUGAGUUAAAAACUAACUUUUCAAUGUGGCAAUUUCUUAUUUUUUUUUUUAAGAUGGGAUUUCACCAUAAUGGCCAGGCUGAUCUUGAACUCCUGACCUCAGGUAAUCCACUCACCUCGGCCUCCCAAAAUGCUAGGAUUACAGGUGUGAGCCACCAUGCUCAGCCAAAUGUGGCAAUUUCAAAGGAUUACUUGAGGCUAAGUAUGUUUCCUUUCAAAGGGAUCUUAAAGUGGUUCUAGGACUGAGUCAUAGCUUGGGCAGAGGCAGUUAGUUAACACUGGGAAGCCCUGCCCCUCCCUAUGCCCACUCCAUUCCGGGGAACUGAAACCUACUCUGAGUCUCACAUCUCUAAACUUCAGUGGUGAGACCUAUACCUAUACAGUGGGACUGAUCUCAUCAACAAUUUCAUUUGAAGCUGGGCAGAGUGGCUCACGCCUGUAAUCUCAGCACUUUGGGAGGCUGAGGCAGGUGGAUCACUUGAGGUCAGGAGUUGAAGACCAGCCUGACCAACAUGGUGAAACCCCGUCUCUACUAAAAAUACAAAAAGAGUUAGCCAGGCCUGGUGGUGCGUGCCUGUAAUCCCAGUUACUUGGGAGGCUGAGGGCCGGAGAAUCGCUUGAACUUGGGAGGCAGAGGUUGCAGUGAGCCGAGAUCGCGCCACUGCACUCCAGCCUGGGCAACAAGAGCAAAAACUACAUCUCAAAAAACUUUUUUUUUUUUCAUUUGAGGUAUUUUCCAGUAGAAAGUAAGUUUUUAAUGAAACCAUUAAAAAUAACACUUCCCAGAAAAUAGAUGACAUCAGUGUCCCUGCUACUUCCUCAGUCCACUCUAUUGCUUUGAGGGCCCAGGUACUGAAACUGGUUGUCUUGAGUUGUGUCAGCUUUUCCUCCAGUCCAUUAUCCCACUCCCCAUUUCUGAAGCAGUCUAGGUUAAGAAACUAGUCAGGCAGGUAGCUGUGGACUGGUGAUUUUCAGAAGCCCCACUUUAGAGAUCAGGCCACAUCUUUUUAUAUCGCACAGAACACAUCAGCCUGAGCUGUGGCCUCACGCCUGUUUCCCUAGGAACAUCACUGCUUUGGGAUUUUAGAAAUUGUGGCUUUUCCAUAUAUCAUUUACUCCAACAGGUGAAGUCACACACAUUGCUCCUGAAUGUGGAAAUGGACCACAGUAUCUUACCUUUCAUUCCCCAUCUGGCCUUUACCUUCUUUGCUUCAGUGGUUGAAAACAGUUGCUAUAUUCGAAGUAGAGUAGAUUUCAACCUCACACAAAUGACAAGUCUAUUUCAGAAUCCUAGGAAGGUCCACUGAUUUCAUCUCACAUACUAGGGCGGCUGCAGUUGGAGGCUGAGAGCAGCCCUCUGCUCACUGAAUGUCUUGCGUGCGCUGACUGCUGCCCAUAGUGCCGAACAUGCCCCAUGGCCCAGACCUGGUGCUGCACGUUGAAUCAGCAUCUAGUUCUGCUGUCCUGUCUCUGUCUGCACAGCCGGUAACACUGUCUCAGCCAGGGGGUUUAUCAGAAGGUGUGCAAGGCCUUUGGAGGAGCUAAGCCCCUAUGGCGGGCAGUCUCCUUUAUCUUCCCACCUCCCGGUGAAGCGCAGAAGACAGUGCCUGGGUUUGUGCUUUGAAGCAAACCAGCCAGCUUUCUGGUUUUGCCCCAAUAUUGUGAUGGAACAUAAUAAAACUGGAGAUACAGUUUUAACUCUGCAAGAAGGAAAAGGCCUCAAGUUUUUACUUCUGGCUGGAAAGCAAAACAAAACCAGUCUCAGCUGAUAAGCCUGGGCAAACUAAGUUUUCCUGAGCCCAUUUUCCUUGGAGUCCUGACCUAGUCUGGCCUUAUGUAAUUAGGUUUGGUUAAAGCUGUGAAAAGGAGGUAGGAGGGAAUGGGAGUGUGGGGAAGGGGAGGGGCACUCUGCAGCUGAUUAAUCUGUUGGUAGGGGCCCAGCUUCCUGGGAGUGCUUAUUCCGCCCCGCCCUGGAGUGUAGGCUGCAUACAGCCCUGGAGGUAGCUUGUCUCGAACUGCAGAGGGGUCAGGCCCCUAAAUUGAAGAUCACUUUGGCAGCAGAAAUGUAGGGACUGGCGGUUCACCCAUAACUCACAGAUUCUGCAGCAACUGCUCCACCUACAAUACAGCAAAUGCCAACAGGCUAGACCCCAGAGUGCAGGGGCUGCCACCUACAGGGUGGGACCACAGGGUGCCUCACCCAUAUUGUCUGUCACUAAAUAGCUGGAGUCACAGAUUGGAUUGAGAUAAAUGCCACCUUCGACGUUGCAGUGAAAAGCAUAGUCCUAUGUGAUGAAUUCAUGUGUUAUUUUUUAAAAAGCUAUUUUAUUACUGCAUGUUCCUGUCAGUCUUGUGAAUGUGAGUCCCCACCACCACAUGAGCAGCAGUCAUUGCUGUGGCUGGUGCAGGAGUGCGAUUGACACAUGUGUGAUAGCAUCUCGUAGGUGUUGCACAAGAGUUAACCAGAGUCAAUGCCAAACACAUAGUAUGAGAAGUGUACUUUUUAAGAAAUUAAUUUAUUUGAGUUCAAAUAUUUUUGAAACAUAAAAAUUGGUUGUAUUUUUUAAAGCUAUAAUUCUUGUAGACAUUCUGUGGUUAAAAAUUUGAUUGUGCUUAUUAAAAAUGGUCAUCUAUGUUUUGCACUUCAGCUAUGUGAAAAUAAAGUUUCUUUGGGAAGGUGA